CAUGUCUGCCUCCAUGCGAACGUGUUUCCCAACUCCGUAUAAAUUAAGUGCUUUUUCUAGUUCUUUACGUAAAAGUAAUCUGAGUGCAACAUUAACAGAGGCUAACUAUGUUAAGAUUCUCUCUUCUUGUAGUUGUUGCUUUGACGUUGAAACGUCAAAAUGCUAUAAAAUACCUCAUAAACCUAGUUUGACAUUGAAACCUAAGUCUAACACUAAGAAGUGCAAAGACACAGUUCACAAUCAAGUUUAUUCCGUUACUAAUUUUGAUAGUUUUAAUGAUUCACACUCUAAAAUACCUAAUACAGUUUUAAAUGUGAGAGGAAGCGGGUUUUCAAAUUACAGUCAAUUUGCUCAAUUUAGCAGCGGAGUACAUGGAAAUGAAGGGGUAAAUGGAGACGAUUUUAAUGAUGACAACGAUGAUGGUGAUGAUGAUGGGCAAGUGAUUGAAUACCCGAUGAAUACCCUCACGACCAUGUCACCCCCAGAUGUAUUCCCAAAUGUGCCAGUGAUUGCAAUUAGUCGUACUCCACUAUUCCCAAAAUUUAUGAAACAAAUUGUUGUUAAUGAUCAAAGAUUAAUUGAUAUAAUCCAGCGUAAAGCACGGCUUAACUUGCCAUAUGCAGGAGUAUUCUUAAAAAAAGAUGAAAGUAAUGAGAACGAUGUUGUAGAAAAGCUGUCAGAUAUUUACAGUGUUGGAAGUUUUGUCGAGAUCACUGGAAUGCAAACAUUUGAAAAUAAGCUAAGAAUGACUGUAAAGAGUAUUAGAAGGAUAUCUUUGAUACAAGAACUCCAUGAGCCAGAUAUUGGUGAUGAUUUAGAAGCAGUUGCUAAACAUUUAGUUCAACGAUUAGAUAAACAACAACCUGCGAGAAUUACCAGGAGACAGAGAAGAUUAGGUCGUUUAAAGAAGGAUGACACACCGAAAUGUCUUAGUGGUGUUAGAGAUGUAUUCUCACACAGAGGUGAGAUGCUUAGGGCUGUACAGCAUGGAGUGAUCAUGGUGGAAACUGAAAACUUGAAAGAUGAACAUUUCAUUAAAGAUGAGGAAAUGAAGUCAUUAGUUGGUGAGAUCUUAAAGACAAUCAAAGAGAUUAUUGUUCUCAACCCCUACUUCAGAGCACAUAUACAGUUAGAAGUCGGCUCAAAGAUGUAUGAGAAUCCAUCAUAUUUAAGUGAUUUAGGAGCUGCAUUGUCAACAGCUGAUUCUGAAGAAAUACAGAAAGUCAUGGAAGAAACAAAUAUUCCUAAAAGAUUAUCUCUGACAUUAGACUUGGUGAAAAAGGAACUGGCUGUUAGUAAAUUACAAUUAAAAAUUGGGAAAGAAGUGGAAGAGAAGGUGAAGAAACAACAUAGAGAAUAUAUGUUACGUGAACAAAUGAAAACAGUGAGGAAAGAACUGGGUAUCGAGAAAGAUGAUGCUGAGGGUUUUGAGGAAAAAAUGAAAAAGAGGACUAAGGAUCUAAUUAUUCCAGACCAUGUACAGAAAGUGAUAGAUGAAGAGUUUAAAAAGUUGUGUAGCCUUGAUAGCCAUUCCUCAGAGUACAAUGUAACCAAGAAUUACCUAGACUGGUUGACCAACCUACCAUGGGGAAAAUACAGUGAGGAAAAUAUAGAUAUAAAACUAGCUGAGGAAAUAUUAGAAGAAGACCACUAUGGUAUGGAAGAUGUUAAAAAGAGAAUAUUGGAAUUUAUAGCUGUGAGUCAACUUAAAGGUAGUAAACAAGGCAAGAUUCUAUGUUUCCAUGGUCCCCCAGGUGUAGGUAAAACUAGUAUAGCAAAAUCUAUAGCCAGGGCAUUAAAUAGAAAGUAUUACAGAUUUAGUGUAGGUGGAAUUUAUGAUGUAGCAGAAAUCAAAGGUCAUCGUCGUACAUAUGUUGGCUCCAUGCCAGGAAAAUUAAUCCAGUGUUUGAAGGCAACACAGACUGAGAAUCCGUUAGUUCUAAUAGAUGAGGUUGAUAAGAUUUUCAGAGGACAUAUAGGAGACCCUACAUCAGCAUUGUUAGAAGUAUUAGAUCCAGAACAAAAUGCCAACUUCUUAGAUCAUUAUCUUGAUGUCAAUGUUGAUCUAUCUAAAGUAUUAUUUAUCUGUACUGCCAAUAAUCUUGAGAGAAUUCCCGGACCAUUGUUAGACAGGAUGGAGCUUAUAGAUUUAUCUGGUUAUGUUGCUGAGGAGAAGUUAGCUAUAGCUGAGAAACAUUUGGUGCCUCAAGCUCAGGAACACUCGGGAAUCAAGGCAGAUCAGGUGACGCUAUCCCAGAAUGCCCUCCAAGAAUUAAUACACCAUUAUUGUAGAGAGAGUGGUGUGAGAAAUCUACAGAAACAUGUAGAAAAGAUUUACAGGAAAGCUGCAUUUAAAAUAGUAUCUGGAGAUGCCACGAAUGUUAUAGUUGGUUUAAAUGAACUACAAGAUUUUGUUGGCAAGCCCCUGUUUACAAAGGAUAGGAUGUACCAGUCAACUCCUGCUGGUGUUGUUACAGGCCUGGCAUGGACGUCCAUGGGUGGAGCAUCAUUAUAUAUAGAGACAAUCAUUAAGAAAGCAGUUGACAAUGACCCGGAGAAGAAAGGUUCUCUAGAGAUUACUGGUAACAUUAGUAAAGUGAUGGAAGAGAGUGUACAUAUAGCAUACACCCAGGCUAAGUUGUUACUUGAUAAACUAGAGCCAGGAAACAAACAACUCGAAAAGGGCGAAUUACAUCUUCAUAUACCAGAGGGAGCCACACCAAAAGAUGGACCAAGUGCUGGUGUUACCAUAGUUACAGCAUUAUUGUCUCUAGGUCUGGAUAAGCCAUGUAGACAAGAUCUAGCUAUGACAGGAGAAAUCUCUCUUACAGGCAAAGUUCUAGCUAUAGGUGGAGUGAAAGAAAAAGUUCUAGCAGCAAGGAGAGCAGGUAUGAAAUGUGUCAUUCUGCCAGAAGAAAACCGUAAAGACUUUGCCGACCUACCUGACUGUAUCACAAAGGACUUAGAAUUUUAUUUUGCAGACAAUUACACUGAUGUUUUUAGAAUUGCAUUCCCUGACCUCAUACCACCAAGUUGAUAUUUGCUAGUGGCAACGAAAGAUGAAAAAGACAUAUAUGAAACUGUUUGUGUAAUGUAAAGUGUGGGAAAUCCAACUUGGAUUUUAAGUGUAAUGUUUAAGGGUCAUGCCUUUAGUUGAGAUCUGAGAUGACGAGAGUAUGUGAGUUUAACAAGAGAAUGGUAGUGACAAGUUGGGUCUAUUUUGUGAGCACUGUAGGAAGGGCAUUAAGUCUUUAUGUGCUCAUGUUCAUGAGUUUAAAAUAAAUAUAAGGCUUGGUACAGUAUGUGUUACAAUCACAGUUUGAAUCUUGAUAGUAUAACACAUGUAAUUCUUCCGUCAUUGAUUUGGUUUGCUAAAAAUAGAAGACUUGACAUACGAAUACGAAUAAAGGCAAGUUAAUACUCAUACAGAAUACACACAAAUAGUUUGAUAAUUGUCACAUAAUGACAGCUAUAUUUCAAGAUUCAAAACCGCAAAAUGGAGAAAUAUGUAUGUUUAGUACAAGGCUAUGUUUAAGUGCCAUAGUUUGAAAAUACAGUUAAAGAUACAGUUAGGAACAUGGUAUUGCCAAUAUAGAUUAUACAAAUUAAGGUGUGGGGGGGGGUUAUUACCAGAAUAGAUUAUACAAAGGGGUUGGGGGAAGAGGGUGGUGCCUAGUUUGUUUCUGAACAAAAAUCAUUAGUAUUUUACCUAAAAUGUAUUGAUCUUGGAUCAGUAAAGGUCAAGAUAUAUUGAUAUAAGUGAUGGAUCUGCUCAAAUUUGUUGAAUUUAUUCAUGUGCGGAUUUAUUCAACUAUAGCGAUUUACAUAUCUAAUGAAAUUUUGAAAUAGUUUUCAUUUUUAGCUCGACUAUUCGAAGAAUAUGAGAGCUAUUGUAGUCGCCCCGGCGUCCGCGUCCGCGUCGGCGUCUGCGUUGGUUAAAGUUUUUUGUAAAGUCAAAUAUCUCAAUUAUUACUUGAGAUAUUCAAUUGAAACUUACAAUACUUAUUUAUAGUAACAAGGUACAUCAGAUUGAAAAGUUGGAUAACUCUGCCUACAAUAUUGACAGAAUUAUGCCCCUUUUUAACUUAGAAAUUUUGGUUAAAGUUUUUUGUAAAGUCAAAUAUCUCAAUUAUUGCUUGAGAUAUUCAAUUGAAAUUUAAAAUGCUAUUUUAUAGUAACAAUGUACAUCAGUUUGCGAAAUUGCAUAACUCUGCCUGCAAUAUUUGCAGAAUUAUUUGCCCCUUUGAAACUUAGAAAUUUUGGUUAAAGGUUAAAGGUCUUCAAAGAUAUUUACUUGAAACUUUACACAUGCAUUUAGGGUCAUAAUUGGAGGGUUAUAAUUGUAUGUCACUGACCAAGUUCCAUAACUCUAUCUUGCAUUAAGGCUGAUUCAUAUCCCCUUUUCUACUUAGUCUCUUGGUUAAUGUUUUUACAUAUCUCAAUAACUAUUAAAGAUAUUUAUUUAAAAGUUCACAUAUGCAUUUAGGGUCAUAAUUGUAGGUCACUGACAAAGAUCCAUAAUUCUAUCUUGCAUUAAGGCUGAUUUUUCUCCCCUUUUUCAACCUAGAAAUUCAUCGUAAAGUUUUGCUUAUAAGCUGUUAUCUCAAUAACUACUGAAGGGUUUGUGCCUUUUUUGGACAAUUUUAUGCAUUCAUAAUAAUAAAGCAGUGAUUUACUUGAUAAAACAUCUUAAUAACAAGCCUUUGUACCUUUUCUGUCAAAUUUAUGUAUUCAUAGGUAAUUAGUAUUAUUAUACUCAAUAAAACACCCUUGUGACAUUACCUUCCGAAAAGUCAAGCCAAUACUGUAUAAUUAGACUCUCUCUAAGGCCUAUAACAUGAAUUUAUAAAAAUGAAUUAGCCCUUUUGUGAACUUAAAAAUUUUAACAUUAUCAAGGCUCUUAUACUAUCAAGCACUUAGAAUAGUCGAGCGUGCUGUCCUACCGACAGCUCUUUUUUACGAUCCUUGUGGAUGCAUAUUUUUACUAUCAGAAUCAGAAUUAUAGUAGCACAGAUCUGUAGCUAGGCUAUGGGACCAAGUUUUAGACAUGUGCUACAAAUAUACCGUUAUUGUGAUACAGUUAUAUACUGUGAUUGUGUUGUUAUAGGUCGAAAUGUGUUAUAGAUAUGUAAUGUUGAAUAUCCACUGUUAAAUAGAAGGGACAUAAAGAUUUUCAAAACUUU